AUGAUACGCCUCUUACUUAUUCUUGCUUUUUGUACCAUCAGUCUUUCUCAUCUACGUGGACAAAAACCCAACCAGUUGACCAAAGAUGUAAUGUCGGUGCCGUUGUCACGUCAACCAACACUUCGCGAACGCUUAUAUGAAGCUGGAAACUGGAACAGUUAUGAAAGGCAAAGAGCACAUUAUCAGAGGAAACUGCUGGCAAAAUAUGCUGCAAAUCAAGCUGGAAAACUACGAUCAACUUCUGAGAUCGAUGAGUUCCUUCGGAAUUACAUGGAUGCGCAGUACUUCGGCACUAUACAGAUAGGAACUCCACCGCAGAAUUUCACCGUCAUAUUCGAUACAGGCUCAUCAAAUUUGUGGGUACCAUCGAAAAAAUGCCCUUUUUAUGACAUCGCAUGUAUGUUACAUCAUCGAUAUAACUCUGCUGCCUCAUCUACUUAUGUGGCAGAUGGACGUAAGAUGGGAAUUCAAUACGGAACUGGUUCUAUGAAAGGGUUUAUUUCUAAAGACGACGUCUGUAUAGCUACAGUUUGUGCAGAUGGCCAAGCAUUCGCUGAGGCAACAAGUGAACCUGGCAUUGCUUUCGUUGUUGCGAAAUUUGACGGCAUCUUAGGCAUGGGUUUUCAGGAAAUUUCUGUUCUUGGGAUUACUCCUGUUUUCCAGACAUUCAUUGACCAGAAGAAAGUUCCAAGUCCAAUGUUCGCUUUUUGGCUUAACAGAAAUCCCUACUCGAAGCUCGGAGGUGAAAUUACCCUAGGUGGAAUGGAUUCACGACGAUACGUCGAACCAAUCAUUUGGACUGAUGUUACUCGUCGUGGAUAUUGGCAGUUCAAAAUGGACAAGAUUAAAGGCGGCUCGUCAAUAGUAGCGUGUCCUAACGGAUGUCAAGCCAUUGCUGACACAGGUACUUCUCUUAUCGCUGGGCCGAAAGUGCAGGUUGAGGCGAUUCAGAAAUAUAUAGGAGCUGAACCAUUGUUGAGAGGAGAAUACAUGAUCCCUUGUGAUAAAGUGCCGAGCCUUCCUGAUAUCUCAUUCGUGAUAGAAAGCAACGAAUUCGUGCUCAAAGGAGUGGACUACGUUUUAAAUGUUACGACAGCCGGAAGGUCAAUCUGCCUUUCUGGAUUUAUGGGGAUUGAUCUUCCAGAAAAGAUUGGUGAAUUAUGGAUACUUGGCGAUGUGUUCAUUGGGAGAUACUACACUGUUUUUGAUGUUGGGCAGACACGUCUUGGGUUUGCGCAAGCGAAGGAUGAACACGGACGCGCAGUGCCUCCUGCAGUGCAAAAAUUCCAAACGAUUGAGGUCAGUGUAAUUUAUAGACGUUGA